AUGGGUUUGAAAUCGAAUGUAAAAGACAUUAAACUUCGUUUGUUAAGAAUAUUUCAUGUUUCAACUGAGUCUAGUCACAUGUUUCUAAAAAGACAUCCAAUAUUUUCAUGUAUUUCAUUGGUAUUGUUAAUCAUAUAUAUAUUCCUUUCAUACAUUUACAUAAUAUUGGCUUAUAUGUCACCUUUUCUUUUAUGCGGUGCAAUUUUUUUGAGAAUCUUUUGGAGUUCUGAGAAAACUGAACUAAGAUAUGUGAAAAUAGAAGAGAAAAAAGAAGAGCAACCAAAAAAAGUUGAACCAAAAGUUCCACCACCAAAUAUACCAUGGCCAAACAAUAUUGCAAGACAUGAACAAAUUCUUUUUAAGUAUCCGUCGCAAAAUGCAACAAGUAGAAGGAGAAAUUUUAGAGAUAGGAAAUGGGAUGUGUAUGGUGGAUUAGAAGAAAAAGCUAAAGAUUUAUCAGAAGUGUUUCAAAAUGAGUACACUAAUAGAAGAAACAUUGAACCUUUCAAGAAGGGAGAGAGUUCUGUGUAUUAUGGUUUAUCAUCUGGUAGAAGAUCUCAUCUAGCUCCUAAGAGACAACCAUUAAGGUCUGAGCCUUCAAUGGUUGAUCUUGUAGAAUGUCCCGAUACAGAAAUUGAGAUAGAAAAGAUGGAGGACGACGACGAAGAAGAUGCAAAAGAUGAUGUGAAAAAUGCUAUUGAAUGGACAGAAAAUGAUCAGAAGAAUUUGAUGGAUGUUGGAAAUUCUGAGAUGGAGAGAAAUAGAAGGUUGGAGAAUCUUAUAGCUAGAAGGAGAGAAAGAAAAUUGUCGAAGUUGCAAAUUGAGAAUGGUUUACUUGAUAAAAAAACAAAGACACCAAGUUUAAUGAAACCAUUACAUAUUACAAGAGAAAAUUGUGAUAUUGAUGAUUUUGAUAUGCCUGGUUCUGCUCCUUCUGUUAUGCCAAGAAGUCCUUAUGAUAUUCCUUAUGAACCUUUUGAGGAGAAACCAAAUCUUAGAGGUGAUGGAUUUUUUCAAGAGUUUCGAAAGGACGUGCCUUUUUGUAGGAAUGGAGGUUUUAUAAAUUUGUCAUCAGAAAUGAAACAAGAACAUGGAAAUAGAGAGGGUUAUUCAUUUCUUGGGAGAAAAGUUUCAGAUAGACAUGAUUACUCAAGAUCUAGAAGACCUCAUGCAGAUAAAGGAAAUCAUGACUGGCUAAUUGACCAGUUGAUGUACAAUGAAGGGGCUGAAAUUGGAAUUCAAGAACCAAAAUCACUAAGCAAGAGAGAUGAAAUAACACAUGAAGAGCAUGGAAAAUGUAAAACUGAUAUAGAUGACAUAAAAAGUAAUAAAUUUGAGACUGGUCAUGAUACAAAAUCCAUGUCAGAUCAAACAAGUAAAUCAACCUUAACCGUUCCAAACAUUUCAAACGUUGAAACUAAUAGUGUUUCACCAAUUCCAGGGUCAAGGAUGGCGUCGAGGUUUUCAAAGUCUCAUGAGAGGCUCUUUAAUAUACCAAAUUCUUCUACUAAUACAACAAAUAUAAAUGAAUCUAUGUAUGAAAAUAUUCCAUCUCCAAUUGAUAAGAGACAAGAAGCUAUGUUCUUAGCCGAUCGACGACUUUGUCACACACCAACCUAUUCCAUAGCUUCUGAUUUACAAGUGGAAGUUUCUGAAGUUGGUUCGCCUACAUCAACAGUUGAUGAAAAUGGUGAGUCUAAUUCAUCAAGUGAUAGAGAUUCUGCGAUAUAUGAUGGAGACAUUGAUAGAGAUAUUAAUUCUGGAGAUGAAGAUUUGUGGGGAGCUUCCUGUCAUGGAGGAGGUGGAGUUAAAGCUAGGGAGGAGGAGGAUAAUAAUGGUGAAGAUGUAAACAAUAACUCAAAAGAUAUUGUUUCACCUAUUUGUUUAAGACCAAUAGAUGAAGACGACGCAGCUGAUGUUAGCUCAUAUUCUUCAAGAGAUGAAGGACCUGAUGAUACUCCAACUUGUUGUGUAGUAAAAACUGAUCAUAAUGUGUUUGGUAAUUAUAUGAAAUAUUCCAUAGGAAAAUAUGAAGUACCUCAAUCUUCUCAUUCUUCUAACGAGACAUCCCCUCAAAAUCAGUUGAUAGGUAGCUCUAUGGAUCAUUUACCUGAUGAAACACACCAAGGAACACAACAGGAGCGGAACAACCAAUCAGAGAAUUCAACUAAUGAGGCACAUGUUAUCGAUGAUGUAAGUAACUCAACAACCAUUGAGCAAGGUAACACACAAAAUUUAACAAGUAAUGAAGAUCCUGGUCGUAGCACACCGGUUGUAAGGCAAGAAUCGGUUGAUGAAGUCUCUAAUGAAUCAAUUUCUUCAUCACCAAGGUCUGUAUUACCAGACAAGACAAUAUCAGACGAAGUUUUGUCACCGACUUUCAAUCAACCGAUGGAUAUAGGUUCUUCUCAACAAUCUAACAUGGAGGAUAUGACACAAGAUACUUUGAAUCAUGAUGAACAUGAACAUGACACCAUGCCUCAAAAUAUUCAGCCUUUGGUGAAUGAUAUCACCGAUGAAUCACAUAAUGUUGACUUCAAUCAACGGAUGGAUAUAGGUUCUCCUCAACAAUCUAACAUAGAUGAUAUGCCACAAGAAACAUCGAAUCGUGGUGAACAUGAACAUGACACCAUGCCUCAAAAUAUCCAACCUUUGGAUGAUGAUAUCACCCAUGAAUCGCAUAAUGUUGACUUCAAUUAUUCACAGGUAUGA